CACUGUGCGCUUUUGCGUGUUGCGUACAUACGUACGUUGCCGUUUCGUUUAGUCUCGCGGUGCACGGAGAGUGAUUCGAGCGAUCGAGGGAUGCGUCUCUCGCCGAGCCCGAGCGCGAUAUCGCGCCCUGCGUUCGCAAGUCGCCGCCUGUGAUUGAGGGAGCGAGAGAGCGCCCGCCGCCGCCGCCGUCGGUCCUGCCGGUCACUGGGAAAUCCCAAGCGAAGCCCACGUACCGCGAGAUACAUAGAGCCCGUCGCCGCCGAUCGUAGAUUACGGCAGGCCUAAUAACGGAGAUACCGCAAAGUCACACGCGCAGGACUUCCCCCAAGUCCCAUACCACAAAUGGUCAUUGUGAGAGACACGGUCGUUCGAUUCCCGUCAAUUGUAUAUUUAUAGUGCGCGUAGAUCCCGAUUUGUAGUUUUGCGUACGGUAGUGCGCCCGGAAAAAUUAUGCAUCUGUCCACUGGUUGACGACGUGUCCCAAUAUCGUAAGUGCUCGCCUGCAGCGAGUCAGCCAGAGUUGGUGGAGCCCCGAGAUAAAAUAUAGCUAUAUAUUCUAAUCGUUUACCUAUUAAUGUGGUGUUGGAUAUGGAUUCUCCUAGCUAGAAUCGUUGCAAUUGAAACAAAAGUUGUAAGGAAAGAAAUUCAGAAUGGAAUCAGCUAUAGCUGGGCGAAGGCGAACAGCCACGCGGCAUUCUGCGGAAGAUCAAGCACUCGAUCAAAUAGCUAAGGAGGCAGAAGCAAGGCUGGCUGCUAGAAGACAGGCAAGGGCAGAAGCCAGAGAGAUACGAAUGCGCGAGCUGGAGAGGCAGCAGAAAGAGGCGGAGGAGAAUGCCGACAGGGUUUAUGACAUGUGCGCAGGUAGUUCAACCGACGUGAACAGAACCAUGAGAGUAACUCCGGACCCGGUGCGCACGUCGCGGCUUCUGACGAAUUCCAACAACUUCCAGUCGAGUCGUAGAUCCUCGGAGGAUUCACUGGAAGAUGCAGGAUUAAGUAGGGAUAUUAGGCUGGAAUUAAAGGAAUUUGAAGAGAAAUUCAGAAAGGCCAUGAUAGCGAACGCUCAGUUAGACAAUGAGAAAUCGUCUUACGCCUACCAAGUCGAUUUAUUAAAAGACAAAUUGGAGGAGCUGGAGGAAACAACGGCACAAUUGCGUAGGGAAUUGAGAGAGAAGAAUCGAGACGUCGAACAAUUGAAACGGGCCAAUCAGAGAUUGAAGGAGGAUUCGGACAUCUGCAGAGCACAGUUAUUAGAAAGGGAUACGCUUAUACAAGAAAACGGCUUAGUCAUUGUUGACGAUGAAGGAAGCGAGGAUGAAGAGAAUAGAAAUAUUGAAAAUGGACCAUGUCAUGGAAGAAGAGUACUAGUCAGUACAGAAGCUGCAGAAUUAUUAGAAACCGCUGGUAAAGGUUCCCUAGAUGUUCGACUGAGAAAAUUUGCCUCCGAGAAGAAGGAAUUGCAAGAUGAAAUUCGACAUUUAAGAUUAGAGCUGGAAGAGACCAGAAAUCGCGUGAGAUCCGAGAGAUCAUCUGGCUCAGUAUUAGGUUCCUUGUCGGAUAACGAAGAUAUUCAGCGUGAGGCAAACAAGUUGCUGGCGGAUUAUAAAUUUAAAUUACAAAAGGCGGAGCAAGACAUGUCCACGCUGCAGGCGACGGUAGCUAGACUGGAGAGCCAAGUAAUUCGUUACAAGUCGGCUGCAGAGGCGUCUGAGAAAGCCGAGGAUGAACUGAAGGUGGAGAAAAGGAAGCUGCAACGAGAGGUGAGGGAGACGCAGGGUCGCGUAGAGGAAUUGGAGACCGCGAAUUCUCAUCUGCAGAGGCGAUUGGAUAAACUUAAAAAUGCUAAAUCCGCUCUGCUGAAGGAGCUCUGACGGAGCGACGUGCACAACGAUGUACAAUGAAUCCGUCAUUUACUUAUAAACCCUGAAAAAGAGAUCGUGUGCCGACGUUGCCUCGAUAUUAAUACUACUUAACACUUUGGAUGUAGUUUACAAAAAAAGGCGAGGAUCACCGUAUUCCCGUUAUAAUAUUUCAUAUUGUAGUGGAUGUCACUUGGACACGACCACACAGGAAAUCGCUGUGAGGAAGAUCCCUACCUCUUACCUCUUACCACUUCUUAACAUCACUCGAGUCUUGAUUCGAUUUGAUUUUCGUUACUCCCGCAUUGUCCUCUUAGUGAGAUGGAGCAAGAUAUAUUUCUUAACGACGCAUUUCACACGUUAAAACGUUUUCUACAAAUUUAUAUAAAGCAGUUAUGGAGUCGAUUCAAAGUUCUUUGUACUUCCACAUAGAUGACAAACGAUUAAAUAGUGUAAUACGCUUCUGUCUCAUUGCAAUAUGAGUUCGUGGAAAUUACUUUAAAAUUACUAAUAUAUAUAUAUUUUUUUAAAAGCGCAGAAUAUUUAUAAUUAUGACGAACGAACGACAAACAGUUAAAUGCUUUUUACUUAUAUUAAAUUGAAUGCGGCAGAGUAUUUCGGUAGUUUCUUCCUUUACCUAUCCCUGUGAUAAAAGUGUAAUGAAAAUGUUUAAUAUAAUAUACCUAAGGAUAAGCAUAAAAGCUCGAUUUCUAUACUGCUAAUACCAUAAUAGUACAUUAACAAAAUUAUGUCAACUCAAUUUUCCAUGUACCACUAAUCAAACUCACAUUUGACGCUGACUAAAACCCAUGGUAUUUUGUUUUACUUGAAUUGUCUCCAGAACUGAUUCUUGCAACGAAUUGUUGUAUGCUUAUUCGACAGACUGAUGUAAGAUAAAGCAAACGUAGAGAUAUACGAUAGUGUGGUCUUUGUGUACAUUUAAAAUAAAGUAUAUUGUUGAAAUCGUUUCACGAACAUUCAUUAAUAUUAAUUCUUUUUGAUGUGUAAAAAGUUUAUCAAAUAUAUGACAACUUUAUGCAUUGUAUAAUAGUUCAAUUAAAUUUCAAAAGUUUGUUCAAAAGUAUAUUAUAAUUAUAUAAAUUAGAUAUAUUUCUUGGUAAGAUGCAUCUAUCUAGAUUUAUCUACUGUCUAGGAAAUUAUAAUUAUGUUUCAGUUAAUUAACUUAAUAUUAUGUACAAUCUAUUAUACAUAUAUUUGUUUGAACUAUUUAUUUCACAUAUAAUUUUUCUCAGUUAUACAAGAUAACAGACUGUAAAAUUUCGGAUAGCAAAUAAACUAAUCAAAAAGUAAA